CAAGCGAACGGACGCACAAUUCAUGUCAAGUGUCGGAGUGACAAUGCCGCAGCCGUGAGUUGGUGCAAUCGGAUGCACUCCAACAACGCGUUCAGCCAAGAAAUAAAUCGGGCGAUUGGUCUGGCUGAAGUGUAUUUCAACCUUCGAGUAUCGGCGGAUCAUAUUCCAGGAUCGGCCAAUUGGAUGGCUGAUGCAGCUUCGCGAGCUUGGACCGAACCAUACAUUGCUCGAUGGACUAAUUUUUCUUCGUGUUGGGUGCAGACACAAGAAAAUUUACAUCGACUUCUCGAAUCUCUUCAGUCCGAGUCACUGGCCACAACGUCCAAGAUCAAGUAUGCAAGCACAUGGACACAGUGGUGUAGAAGGUGUGAGCGGCUUCAAUUCGCAAAAUGGCUGCCAGAAGACCGCCAGCAACAUUCGUACCAGCUCGCCCUUUUCGCCACGAACUGCUGGAAAUAUGGCUGGGGAAAAUCGGGAUCGAGGAAUUCUGCCUCGACCGUGCUCUCUAAAGUCAGCCAUAUUGCGUGGCAUCGUAGGCGAACCCUUGGUUACAUCGUCGGCCUUUUGCCGGGCCACCAACUCGCUAUCACCGGAAUGCGGCGGAAAGACCCAUCAAGCAAGCCACAACCUCCCGUUACAAGCGCAAUCCUCAAGUGCCUGCAUGAGCUCCUCGAUUUCGCAGUUGCCCAGCACCGUGUCAUUUGGGGGGCUUCGGUACUGGGCUUCUUCUUUCUUUUGAGAAGAUCCGAAUAUUUGGCUCAAGGUUCAAGGAUGCACGACUACUCAAAUCGGAGAGCGGACGUCGAAUUUGUGGAUGCUAGAGCCGAAACCUUCAUGAUGUGA